UAUAUAAAAUAAUUAUAAACUUAAUAAAUAACUACUCAUGAUAAAGGAAGGCUAAAUUUAAUAGUUUAUUUUAGGAUCAGGAAUGCCAAAAAGUUAAAUGAAUAUGAUUUAUUUUAAACUAAGUUCGAUUAUUUAAUAAGGAGUCUUAAGAAACAGCAUUUAGGAUUUAUAAAUAAUAUGAAAUCUGUCGGAAAAAUUAGCAAGCUUUUACAUCAGUUAUUAAUGUGUGAAAACUAUAGUAAGGAAAAAGGGAUUUAUGAUUUUUAAAACAAACACACAAUUUUGAGCCAAAAUACAUCCUUUACAAAUAUAUUGAUUAAUAUUUAUUAAGUUGAUUUAUUGGAAGGACGAACUCUUAUAAAAAUUAAUGAGGACUUAAAGAAAUAAUAAUAAAUUUUCAAAAGAAUCAAGAAUAAAUUAAGAAUAUCAAACAAUUCAUUAGCUAUAAUUAAGACUUUAAAACAGAAUUUAAAUUCUAUAAUAACAUCUAAUUAAGAUGAUAUUAAUAAAUUAGAAUUGAAAAAUUAUCUUUAGGUUAAUAUAGCUAUUCAAAUAAUCUAUUAUUUAAGCUUUAUAGAUAUAAGAAUUUAAGUAUGUAUUGAUAGAAUAUUUAGGAGAUAAAUGGGAGAAAGAAGUGUAUCAGAGCUGAUUUUUUUGGUUGA